AUGAAAGUUCUGGACCGCCAGGUGUCAAGAGACGGCGACGCCGGAUAUUGCUUGGCCAACAGGGUCCGCUAUCAGGUCUACUACGAGGCCUCCGCGGAUCUCCUUUGCAAAGGCAUGGACAACCAGUGUACCGCGGGUGCCUGCAUGAGAGCUGCCGCACAGGUCUACGUCGAAGACGGAACUGAUGGGGUCCCGGCGGAGACUGUGCGCGCCAUGUGCAAGUCCUAGGCC